UGUCCAGAUGAGGAACUUGGCCAUGGUUGACACGCUGAUUGCGUUGGAGGUGCAGCUAUGGCGCUUGCUUCUGCGUCGUGCUUCGCAGCACUGAAGCCCCCAGGAGUGGAUCAUCACAUCGCAUCCAUUGUCCCGAUCUGUAGUGAAAAAUUUCUUGGCUCAGCACGUGAUUGUGGAUAUCUUACAGGCAGUCAAUCGUCUCGAAGGUUGUGGGAAUCAAGAAAUCCUGCAUCGAGAAUCCAGACCUCCCAUUCCCCGCAAAUUCUAGGGUACUACACUUGCAACGACCGCGUGCAUUACUGCAAGCCAUUGGAGAAUCCAGCGCUCAGUACAGGAUUCGAUUGCUUUGUUGUAGAGUCAUUGCAGAAUUUGCUGGUCAGUCACUGUAGAAAUAUUGGCGGUGGAGGUGCAAGGAAAUUGAUAGCGAGAGCAGCGGGUUCUAUGAUGCAGCAGGGACAGAACAAUGACGCAAUUCUGUUGGUUGGGGUUACUGGUGGGACUGGGAGAUCUGCCGUGAAUGGCCUUCUCGCUUCUGGAAUCGAGAGUUCGAGGCUGCGCUUUUUGACUCGCUCGCCGGAAGGUGCUGCAGCUCGCAAUCUUGCGGGAAUAGGUGCGCAGGCAAUUGCAGGAGAUUUGGACGAUGCGAAUAGCUUGAGCGAGGUCAUGAAAGGAGUAAGGGCCAUCUAUUGCCAUGCUACUAGCAAAGAUGGUGCGCAGGCUGAUCCAGCAGGUGAAGUUCGAGCGGAGAGACUAGUUAAAGCUGCUGAUUCUGCGGGUGUCGAACACAUCGUUUAUAAUAGUUCAGGAGGUGCUGGGCAUGGAAUUUCUCAGGUGGAACAGAAGUUCAACAUCGAAAAGAUAUUUCGGGACUCAGGCAUACGGACUACCAAUCUUCGAGCAACUAUGUUUAUGGAAGAGUUUUGGAAGGUUUACACAAGACCUCAAAUCUUGAAGUGUGCAGAAGUUCUAAUAAGUUCAUGUCUCUGUUUCGUAUCCGGCUUACACCGGGGGAGUUUCCCUUUCAGCAUGCCGAGUGACAAGCCCCUACAACUGCUUUCAGUCAAAGACAUGGGGUUAGCCGCAGGAAUUGCUUUGAAGGAUCCAGAGGAGUAUGGUGGAGUAAGUUUGGAGCUGGCAGGGGAUGAGCUUACUCCAGCACAAAUGUGUGAAGCCUACUCAAAAGCUCAGAAUUCAAGUGUGAGCCAUUUCAGCCCUCCGAAGUUCUUGUUUUGGUUCUUGAACAGAGACCUGUACAGAAUAGCAAAGUUUCUCUCCGAGGAAGGUUAUGAAGCAAACAUUGCUGACUGUCGCCGACGUUUUCCAGGAUUGCUUACUUUCAGUGAAUUUCUGGAGCUUACCCACUGGGGCGAUACCUCUAGAACUUACGCUGAUGGGUUCAAAUACUGAGGGAUUACAGUGAAGAUACAAACGCGUGGUUGAUUUUUAAUAUAUGCCGGUAUCUUGUUGAUGAAUCUCAAUCUUAAUUUUGCAAGUGAUCUUACAUUAUUUUCAUGGAUACCCUCAGUCUUGUGCCGAAUGAAUAAUGACGGGUAGCAUCUGGACAGGAUGUUUUGCCAAGGUUCGAAAACUUGUCUCAUUUCUUGUGACAUACCAACAUGAUUGCAUUUCUUUGUCACGACGAUAGAUGUUACCACUGAAACGAUAUGAAGAGAUGUGAGGGUUUUAGGUGGAAGUUGGAGUAUGUUGUGGACCAUUUUGGAGCAGUGUUUGAACUAUUUGAAUUUUGUGUAAUUUGUGAAAAAUUUAUCGAGAUUGUGGUCAUUGCACAACUCUAUUAUAUAUAA